UGAGAAGUUCCACAUCACGUUGAACAUGGAAAAUGAGGAAAAGAUAAUCAAUAAAGGCGAAGAAGAUGAGAUGAAGAUUUACGGUUACAGCCUUUGCCGAUGGAAGCUGGUUUUGGUGACUGUGGGGGUGCUGUGCACGGGGGGCUUUCUCCUCCUCCUCCUCUAUUGGAUGCCUGAGUGGCGGGUGAAAGCAGCCUGCCGAAGGGCUCCGCUCCGAGGCUGCAGAGUGGUGCUGCUGAGAACCACGGAUGAGUUCCAGCUCUGGUUUUGUGCAAAGGUUCGCACUGUGCUUUCUUUGGGACCGCAUCCGUUGCAGACUCCGAAAUACGUGUCAGAGAAGAUGACAAAUGGUUGCAGCGGCCAUUUAUGCAUAAACCCCUCUGAAGAGAAUGAGAAUGACUUGAAGGUGUCGUGUCCUCAGGCUCACCUGCAGGAGAUCCGUUAUUUCACCCACCACAGCAUGAAAUAUUUCUGGAAUGAAGUGACCCAAAACUUUGGCUUGAUAAAGGGUCUGGAUGAAUCCACUUCCUGUUCUUCAAUUCAUAAUGAGCACAGCGCAGGGCUGACCAAGGUGAUGCAGGAGUACAGAAAAUUGUUCUAUGGAGUAAAUGAAAUUGCCGUGAAGGUGCCUUCUGUUUUUAAACUUUUGAUUAAGGAGGUUCUCAACCCUUUUUACAUUUUCCAGCUGUUCAGUGUGAUAUUGUGGAGCACAGAUGAAUAUUACUACUAUGCAGCGGCGAUCGUGUUCAUGUCUCUGAUAUCCAUCGUGAGCUCACUGUACACCAUCCGGAAGCAAUACAUGAUGCUCCAUGACAUGGUGGCAGCACAUAGCAUCAUCAGGGUGUCAGUCAGCAGAGCAAAUCAAGGGAUAGAAGAGAUCCUGUCCACAGACCUUGUGCCUGGGGACAUAAUCGUGGUCCCGUUGAACGGGAUGAUCAUGCCUUGCGACGCGGUGCUCGUCAGCGGCACGUGCAUCGUAAAUGAAAGCAUGUUGACAGGCGAAAGUGUUCCCGUAACCAAGACCAACCUACCCAGACCCACCGAGGACCCCCGAUCCCCAGAGGGCGACGCGUACAGCCCGGAAGGGCACAGGAGGCACACCUUGUUCUGUGGCACGACUGUCAUCCAGACCCGCUUCUACACCGGGGAGCUGGUCAAGGCUGUCGUCGUGAGGACAGGCUUCAGCACUUCGAAGGGGCAGCUGGUCCGCUCCAUCUUGUAUCCGAAGCCGACCGACUUCAAGCUCUACCGAGACGCCUACUUGUUCCUGCUGUGCCUGGUGGGGGUGGCCGGCGUUGGGUUUCUGUACACCGUCGUCAUCAGCAUCCUUCACGAGGUUUCGGCCCACAUCAUCAUCAUUGAGUCUCUGGACAUCAUCACCAUCACGGUGCCCCCGGCUCUUCCCGCUGCGCUGACGGCCGGGAUUGUUUACGCCCAGAGGCGGCUGAAGAGAAUCGGGAUCUUCUGUAUCAGCCCUCAGAGGAUCAACAUUUGUGGCCAGCUGAAUCUCGUGUGCUUCGACAAGACGGGGACUCUGACGGAAGACGGCCUGGAUCUUUGGGGGAUCCAAAGAGCUGAAAAUGCUCAUUUCCUUUUGCCAGAAGACAAGGUGUGCAGCGAGAGCUUGGUCAAAUCUCCCUUCGUGGCUUGCAUGGCGGCCUGCCAUUCCCUGACCAAGAUCGAAGGGGUGCUUUCUGGGGACCCCCUGGACCUGAAGAUGUUUGAAGCCACCGGAUGGAUUCUCGAAGAAGCGACCGAAGAGGAGACGGCUCUUCAUAACCGCAUUAUGCCUACUGUCGUCCACCCGCCGAAACAGCUUCUUCCAGACUUCAACGUUGCAGCCAACAAAGAAAUGGAGCUCUUUGAGCUGUCGGCCAGUUACGAAAUCGGGAUCGUGCGGCAGUUCCCGUUCUCCUCCGACUUGCAGCGGAUGUGCGUGGUGGCACGAGCCCUCGGGCAGAAGCGGAUGGACGCCUACGCGAAAGGAGCGCCGGAGGUGGUCGCAGGAUUGUGCAAGCCAGAGACCGUACCCCUUGAUUUUGAAAGGGUGCUGGAAGAGUACACCAAGCAGGGCUUCCGGGUCAUUGCCCUGGCUCACAGGAAGUUGGAAGCCAAACUGACCUGGCACAAAGUCCAGAACGUUGGCCGCAAUGUCAUUGAGGGCAACAUGGAUUUCAUGGGUUUAAUUAUAAUGCAGAAUAAGCUCAAGCAAGAAACCCCGGCUGUACUUGAAGAUUUGCAUAAGGCCAACAUCCGCACCGUUAUGGUUACAGGCGAUAACAUGCUGACAGCCAUCUCUGUGGCCAGGGACUGUGGGAUGAUCCUGCCUCAGGACAAGGUCAUCAUAGCUGAAGCGCUGCCUCCCAAGGAUGGGCAAACGGCCAGGAUCCACUGGCAUUACGCAGACGCUCUUGCCAAAAGCACCGGUUGCUCACCAGCCAUCAACCCAGAGGAUAUUCCUGUUAAAUUGGCCCAUGAAAGCCUGGAGGAGGCCCCAAUGACCAAAUACCAUUUUGCUAUGAAUGGGAAAUCCUUUGCGGUGAUCCAGGAGCACUUUCAGGAUCUUGUUCCAAAGCUUGUGCUGCAUGGCACGGUAUUUGCUCGCAUGGCGCCGGAUCAGAAAACCCAGCUGGUGGAGGCUUUGCAAAACGUUGAUUACUACGUGGGCAUGUGUGGUGACGGGGCCAACGACUGUGGGGCGCUGAAGAGGGCGCACGGUGGCAUUUCGCUGUCUGAGCUGGAGGCUUCCGUAGCAUCGCCGUUCACCUCCAGGACACCCAGUAUCUCCUGCGUGCCGAACCUCAUCAGGGAGGGCCGUGCUGCUUUGGUAACUUCCUUCUGCGUGUUUAAAUUCAUGGCUUUGUACAGCGUUAUCCAGUAUGUCAGCGUCACGCUGCUUUACUCCAUCCAGAGCAACUUGGGCGACUUCCAGUUCCUCUUCAUUGAUCUGGCGAUCAUUUUGGUUGUGGUCUUCACCAUGAGCCUGAACCCGGCCUGGAAGGACCUCGUCGCACAAAGGCCGCCCUCCGGCCUCAUCUCGGGGCCCCUCCUCUGCUCCGUCCUUUCUCAGAUUCUCAUCUGCCUCAGCUUCCAGACCCUGGGGUUUCUGUGGGUCAGGCAGCAGCCCUGGUACGAGACCUGGACCCCGCUCUCGGAUGCGUGUAACAUAUCGCGGCCGACCUUUGCCAACGCUUCUCAGCACAAGAACAAGUCCGAUCACGAUGAGCACAAUAUCAGGAACUACGAGAACACGACGGUGUUCUUCAUCUCCAGCUUCCAAUACCUCAUAGUGGCCAUUGCCUUUUCCAAAGGGAAGCCCUUCCGGCAGCCGUGCUACAGGAACUCUCUGUUCGUGGUCUCCGUGGCGGUUCUCUACGCCUUCACGCUCUUCAUCAUGCUGAACCCCAUGAAGCCCGUCGACUGGUUCCUGGAGCUGGUGUGCGUGCCCCACCCGUGGCGCGUCUCCGUCUUCGUCAUCGUCGUCGUCAACGCCUUCGUAUCCAUUCUGGUGGAGAAUGUCCUCCUUGACAUGGUCCUUUGGAAAGUUGUCUUCAAUCGAGACAAGCAAGGGGAAAGCCGCCCAGCCUCCUCCUCCUCCUCCUCUUCCUCCUCCUCCACUUCCCACCCAUCACAGGAAGCCCUGGACCGCUGGCGGGGCUGUUCCCUUCCUGCCCUGCUGGGCUGCAGGAAGAAGACGCGCCCGAGAGCAAAGUACGUGCACUUGGCCCAGGAGUUGCGCGUGGACCCUGCGUGGCCGCCCAAGCCCUGCACCACGACGGAGGCGGCCCACGGGAACGGCUCCUGCUGCCAGAGCAUCACCGUAACGUAGCCGCUGGCGGCCCCUGGGUUCAGAAGCACCUCCGCCUGCUGAGCAUGUGAAUUCCAGACCGAGGGGCUGGCCCCACAUAUCUCUCUCUCUCUCUCUCUCUCUCUCUCUCUCUGGGCUCUGUGGAAAGAAAGCCUUUCCCCGCUGCCGCCUCCCCAGGCCUUCACCCCUUGGCCAGUCCUGUGCGCAGGCUGCACUUCAGGGCACAUCCAGACCCCCCCCCCAGCAUCUCUGGGCCCGGGCCAGUGUGGGUCUUUGAUCACGGUUGGCACAGAGGAGGCUCCUGCCUGGGGGUGCGCCGCCGUCCUCCCACGGUGUCUUCAUGGCUGACCUCUGCAGCCAUUCUGAUCCAGAAGCUGUUUGCCCACAUUUGAUGGCUGGCCAGCUCUUAGUCUGAAGAGGCUGGUGCAAAGUGCCCGGCUCCGGCCCCCCGAGCAGGGACCCUUCUGGCCAGGCAUGACCUGCAAGUCCUUCCCAGCUGGAGAGAGGGAUGUGGCCGUCGCAGCCCUCUGCCUGCCUCCCUGCAGGGCCGCGGUCCAGCCCUCGCGCCCUGCAUUUCCCCCUUCCGAUGGGGAACUCCGAGCUCUCGGUGUCUUCACCACCCACCACUCCGAUGCGCUGAGGGGGAACCAGCAAAAAAGAAACGCCCCUUUUGCUUUACGCAUCCUCUGGGUCAGGUGCUGGGUCAGA